AUGUCUGGAAACCUAACAGUUAAAUUUAAUGAUCGCCAGAAAAACUCUGAAGAGAUCAUGUCCAGAGAAGCUUUACUUGGAACAGCGAUUUAUUUGACUAUAGUUGGUGUGGUUGCUACAGUCGGGAACUGUUUGGUGGUCUCCGUUUUCUUCAAGAGAAGAGACCUGAAGAAGAUUGGACACAGCAUUCUCUUGGUUAACGUGGCUCUGACAGACCUCGGGAUCUCAGUUUUCGGCUAUCCCUUCACUACAGUGUCAGGUUAUAUGGGAAAAUGGGUGUUUGGUGAUUUCAUUUGUCGAAUGUAUGCAUUUGUCUGCUUUACACUUUCAAUGAUCAGCAUAAACACAUUAGUUGUUCUCAGUAUCUAUCGGUACAUCACUAUUUGCAAGCCGCACUACAGUAAGUACCACUUUAUUUUCCUUUUAUUAUAUCUCUCUAGACAUAGGUGGCGAAAUCGGGGGAAGGGGUACUGGGGACACGUACCCCUCUUGAAAAAAUUUUCGAAAUAUAAACUGACCAGAGGAAACACGAAGAAAGUUCUGGUUGUUAUCUGGGUCUAUGCCCUGCUGUGGUCAUUACCACCUCUAGUUGGAUGGAAAGGAUACAGCUAUGAGGCUUUCGGAACGUCCUGUUCCCUAGACUGGCACAACUACGGCACCCUAAACAUGGUUUAUAUUUUUGUUGCUGACUGUGAGGAGAAUUCUGCAGCUUUACAAAAUGAUUUGGUGAGUUGGACGAACAAGUGA